AUGUUUCUCUUGGAACUGUCAGUAGGAGCUAAAGUCUCUUUUCUGGCAGUGACAGUAGGAGAAUUUGUUUUAGGAAUGCUGGGAAAUGGGUUAAUUGCAUUGGUCAAUUGCAUGGAAUGGGUGAAGAAUGGAAAAAUCUCAUCAGCUGAUUUCAUCCUUUUCAAUUUGGCAGUCGCCAGAAUCAUUCAACUGUGGCUAACAUUACUGGGUAUCUUUAUUUGGUUAUCUCCACAGCGGUUUGACAAUGGCAAGCUAAUAUUAGUGCUGACUAUUCUUUGGACACUAAGUAAUCACCUAAGUACAUGGUUUACCACUUGCUUAAGUAUUUUUUACUUUCUUAAAAUAGCCAAUUUCUCCCACACCCUUUUUCUCUGGCUGAAAUGGAGAAUGAAGAGAGUAGUUCUUGUGCUUUUCUUUGGAUCUUUCUUCAUAUUGUCUGUGGACCUGACGAUGAAGGGUGCUCUUAGUGAGUUGUGGCUAAAAACUUAUAUAGGACAUGCAAGUAAUGAUACUCUGAAUUUAUUUCCAAGAACAAUUUACUAUCUGGAUUACGUUAUCCUUAGUUUGAUCUUUAUUAUCCCAUUUCUCCUGUCCCUGAUUUCUUUGCUCCUUUUAUACCUGUCCUUAUUGAGACACACCAAGAAUUGGCAGCUAAAUACUCUGAAUUCCAGGGACUCAUGUAUAGAGGCUCAUAAAAGAGCCAUGAAGAUGGUGGCAGCCUUCCUCAUCCUCUUCCUCCUUUAUUGUACUUCCAUUCUCUUAGCCAAUUGGAUCUUCUUUGUGAGAGAGAAGUUUCAGGCCAAUAUGGUGGCUACGAUACUUUCAAUUGUUUUUCUCUCAAGCCACUCAUUUGCUAUAAUUUUUGGAAACAAAAAGCUCAAGAAGAUUUCCCUAAGACUGCUAUGUUAUCUUCGAUUCUCUCGAAUAAAAGUAAAAUACUUUAAUUCAUAA